AUGAGGGACAGAACUGAGCACAUUGGUUGGAUACCUACUACCCCUGAGCCAUUUUACACUCCAACAGGUUUGGAGAUGAUGCCACCAUACCAAACUCCUGACAAAGGCACUGUGAUUUACCUAGAAGAAGAAGCUAGUAAAAACCCCUGCUUUAUGCAUUGCAAAGUGAGAGGUCUCUGCCCCCUGAAGCAGAUCCUCCAUCAGGAAGGGGACACCACCCUGAUCUUCGAAGCACGGUUUGAGAGUGGGAAUUUGCAGAAGGUGGUCAAAGUCAAUGAAUUUGAGUACCAGCUGACCCUGCGCACGGACCGCGCCACAGGCAGCUACACGCAGUGGUUCUACUUCCAAGUGAGCAACACGCAGGUGGGGACGCCGUAUCGCUUCACCGUCGUCCACGUCACCAGGCCCAACAGCCUCUACAAACGAGGCUUGAGGCCACUGAUGUACUCAGAAGCUGAUGCUAAGGAACACAGGGUUGGCUGGCGAAGGACUGGAAAUGAAAUCAAGUAUUACAAAAACAAUGCAGGCCAAGGCAGACGACAAUAUUUCUCCCUCAUGUGGACGUUCCAGUUCCCUCACGACCAAGACACCUGCUACUUUGCCCACUGCUAUCCUUACACCUACUCCAAGCUGCAGGAGUACCUGGUGGCCAUCUCUACAGAUGAGGGGAAGUCCAGAUUCUGCAAGAUUGAUAUCUUGUGCCAUUCACUAGCAGGAAAAGUGUACAUUCUAACUGUCACCAACCCCUCUAAGGGCGGCAAGGGCGCUGAGAGGAAGGCUGUGAUACUAACUGCGAGGGUGCAUCCGGGAGAAACUAACAGCUGA